AUGGCAGCCAAAACACAAUCAUUGGCGAAGAGGAUAGUGUUUACAGGUGGCUCAGGCGUAGCAGGCCGACAUGUCAUCGACAAGCUACUUUCAUUCGGCCAUGAGAUUCUUAAUGUCGACGUAACGCCGCUCAACAAUUCAAAAGUGCACACGGUGAAAGCGGAUCUCACAGAUGGCGCUCAAGCAUUCAACAGCUUGUCGUGUCACUUUGAGAUCAGCGAACCGUUCAGGAAACCAGCCAAGACGCCUGAUGCACUUGUGCACUUUGCUGGGAUACCCCAACCCAAUCGCCUUCCGGAUAACGAAUGCUUCCGCAUAAACACCAUGGGUUCCUAUAAUGUCAUAGAAGCAGCUUGUAAGCUCGGCAUCAAGAAGAUUAUCCUCGCAUCGAGCAUCACCACCUAUGGUGUAACCUACGCAAACGGCGAUCUCGACUUCCCCCAUUUCCCGCUUACCGAAGAAACCCCCACUACCCCCAUGGACGUCUACGCCACUAGCAAGUUGUGCAUGGAGCGUAUCGCGGACAGUUUUGCGCGGCGGUUCCCAGGAGUCGACAUCUACAGUCUACGCAUCGCCGCCGUCGUACCCCCAGAGAAACACACGGAGAUGAUGACGCUAUACGCCGAAAAACCAUGGGACUGGAAGUGUCACGCGUGGAGCUACAUCGACGCUAGGGAUCUGGGCAAUAUCGUGCAGUGCUGUAUCCAGAAGGAUGGGCUUGGCUACCAAGUGUUUAACGCGGUCAACGAUGAGAUUACAAACGAUGAAGAGGAGAGCACAGAGGCCUUCUUGAAGAAGAGGUGCCCGGGAGUAACGAUUAAGCGGGAAUUGGGCAAGAGAGAGGCGCCGAUGAGUAAUUUGAAGUUGAGAGAUAUGCUGGGGUUCCGCGAGGAAUUUCCAUGGCGGGCAGUAAUGGCAAAUAACAAAUCAUAG